AUGACUGUUCCUUCGAUCUUGGAGGGAGAUCAUGAGCCGGUGGCUAUAGUUGGCAUGGGUUGUAGGUGGGCUGGCGGCGUAAAGGAUUCUCCAUCCCUCUGGGAGUUGCUACGAAACAAGCAGGAUGGAUGGAGAGAGUUCAGCGAGCCGCGCUUUCCGGCCACCGGCUUCUACCACCCAAACCAAGACAGGCCGGGGUCUGUCAGGCAACAGGGCGGGUUUCUUUGCGAUGAAGACCCGAGGUUAUUCGACCAUGCGUUCUUCAACAUGAUGGGCCGUGAGGUUGAAACGAUGGAUCCCAACCAGCGCAAGCUCCUUGAAGUUGUCUACGAGGCUUUUGAGAACGCCGGGGAGACUUGGGAAAGCAUUUCGGGGUCAAGAACCGGUGUCUAUAUCGGCAACUUUGCCCUGGACCAUCUUCUAAUCCAGGCGCGCGAGUGGGACUAUACCAAGCCCUACGCGUCCACAGGCGCCGAGACGAGUAUUCUUGCCAACCGUCUAAGUUACGUCUUCAACCUCCAGGGACCGAGUCUUGCAACCAAUACCGCGUGCUCGUCGUCUAUGUACGCAUUGCAUCUGGCUGUGAGCGCCAUCCGUAGCGGCGACUGCGACGGGGCUAUUGUGGCCGCCGCCAACUGGAUUAGCGACCCGAGCAUGCAGAUUGUGCUCGACAAGCUGGGCGCCCUGUCGCCGACGUCGCGGUGCCACACUUUCGAUUCCGCUGCCGACGGAUAUGCCCGCGGUGAAGGGUUUUGCGCUAUCUACCUCAAGAAGUCAUCACUGGCCCUCUUGGAAGAGCUGCCCAUCCGCGCUAUGAUUCGCGGCACCGCCGCUAAUGCCAACGGCAGAACGGGCGGUAUUACUCGGCCCAGCGCGAGGGGCCAAGAAGAUUGUAUCCGUGAGGCUUACAGAAAUGCCGGUAACCUCCCCUUUGGAGACACCGCUUUCUUUGAGUGCCACGGAACUGGUACUCCGGCGGGCGACCCCCUCGAAGUGUCAGCCGUCGGAAACGUGUUUGCGCCAUGGAAGAAGUCGGAUGCUCCCGAAGACCGCCUCUUGAUCGGAUCUAUCAAGCCUAAUCUCGGGCACACUGAGGGAGCAAGCGCGCUUGCUUCCAUAAUGAAGGUUGUUCUGUCCCUCGAGGCUGGAGAAAUCCCGCCUACGUUUGGUGUCAAUAACCUCAACCCAGACAUCGACUUUGACGGAGCGAACGUGACCGUCGUGAAGGAUGGGCCGGUGCCGUGGCCCAAGGGCAAGCUCCGCCGUGCAAGCGUGAACUCGUUCGGUUUCGGUGGUGCUAAUGGCCACUGCAUCAUCGACCAGGUUAACGAGGUGUUGCCGGGCUAUGUGAAACCGGGUGUUAUCAAGGCGGUCCCCUCCAUCCCGGAAGGGUUGAACGGCCAUUCUAACGGCCAUUCUAAUGGUGCGAGCCAGAAUGGUCACGCCAACGGUCAUUCCAACGGUCACUCGAAUGAUACGAGUCAGAAUGGCCACUCCAACGGAGACUCGAACGGCCACUCCAAUGGCGACUCCAACAGCUAUUCUAACGGCCCUUCCAAUGGUUACUCAAAUGGCCACUCUAAUGGUGUGUCCAACGGUUCUUCUAACGGUUCGUCUAACGGCUCGUCCAACGGCCUCAACGGCAACGGUCACCAUGAUACAAAUGGCAACGGUAGCACGGAUUUCACCACCUCGCUACCGCAUCACUCGGCCCUCAGCUCAGCAGUGACCAAGGCGCCCAGUGCAACUGCAUCAACGCGACCGUGGGUGGUGCUCCCUUUCUCAGCACACAACGUGACGUCCCUCGAACACAAUAUCAACGCCCUGUCCAAGGUCGCCGACCAGUUCAGCCUCGCUGAUAUUGCUUACACGCUGAGCGCCAAGCGUUCCCGCCUCCAACAGCGGACCUUCGCCGUCGUGGAGAGCGACGGGGUUGCUUCGGGGCUCGAGUUCACACCCAGCCAGCGUGUCUUCGCAAGCCCCCUCCAGGCCAGCACCAUCGGCUAUGUCUUCACCGGCCAGGGCGCGCAAUGGCAUGCCAUGGGUGCUCAGCUUUUCGAGUUCGGCGUGUUCCAAAACACAAUAUCUUUCCUCGACCACGUCCUCGAGCAGCUACCCAACCCUCCCACGUGGACCAUCGCCGCCACCCUCUUGGGUGAGUAUGAGCCAGAACGUAUUCAGUCUCCUCAGGUAUCACAGGUCGUGUGCACUGCGGUUCAGAUAGGGAUUGUCGAUCUUUUGGCUUCGUGGUCAGUCCGCCCUGCCGCCGUGGUCGGACACUCCUCGGGCGAGAUGGCUGCUGCAUAUGCUUCUGGCCAUCUCACAGCAGCUCAGGCCAUCUCGGCUGCCUAUUUCCGCGGCCAGGCUCUCGUCAAGAACACCAGGAAAGGAGCCAUGUUGGCCGUCGGUCUGGGCGUGGAACAGGUGUCUAGCUAUCUCAAAGGCAGGGAAGAACAGGUCGUCGUCGCGGCCAUCAACUCCCCCGGCAGUGUUACGCUCUCGGGUGACGCUGAUGCCGUGAAGGAGCUCUCGGAUGUGUUAACCCAGGAUAAUGUCUUCAACCGGAUACUGCGCACAUCGGGCAGCGCCUAUCACUCGCACCACAUGUUGGCCGUGGGCGGCGAGUACCUUAACAUGCUCGAGCGCGGCGAGGAGCGUCUCCGGGAGCUCGAGCUGGUCGACGAAGCGGCGAGGUAUCCCAAGAUUCCGUGGGCUUCUUCGGUGCACCCGGAUAAGGUUGUCGGUGAUGGAGAGUUGAAAUCCCAUUACUGGAGGGAGAACCUGCAGUCGCCCGUGUGGUUCUUGCAAGCCGUCACCAAAAUGAUGACUCCGGAGAGUAUUGGUGGUGUGACAGUCAACACCAUGCUCGAGAUUGGACCCCACGCUGCUUUAAAAGGCCCCGUGGAGCAGAUUCUGAAGAGCAUCGGCAAGCCUGCCACCUACGUGCCAUCGUUGCUCAGAAAUGAGGACGGUGUCAAGUCACUGUUGCAGCUUGCCGGAACUCUGUUCGCUAUCAAUGCGGAUAUCGACAUGGCCGCCGUCAAUGCCGUCGACUCCCAUGCCGUCGAUGGCAAGCCAGCCUUGGAACAUGGUUGCCUUGCGGUCGACCUGCCGGCUUACCAGUACACCUAUGGACCGGUUAGUUACUACGAGAGCAGAAUCAGCAAGGAGUAUCGCAUCCGGGACUUCCUCAGACAUGACCUCCUGGGCUCCGAGGUUCUGGGGUCUGGUAAGCUUCAGCCCCAGUGGAGGAAUGUUCUUCGGGCCAAGGAUCUCCCGUGGCUAAGCGACCACCGCCUGGCGCCGGAUGCCGUCUUCCCUGCUGCUGGCUUUAUUGCGGUGGGAGUUGAGGCUGCCACAAGAGUGUACCGUGGUCUGCCAGAUGCUUUAGAAAUCACUGGCUAUUCUUUCAGAAACGUCGAUAUCGACACCGCCCUGAGGAUCCCAGAGGAUGAUUACGGCGUCGAAGUCAUCAUCAGCUUGGAUGUAGUGGAUACGUCAACGGCAAAGUCACCCGCAUGGGCCAAGUUCACCGUCACGUCGGUCACUCGAGACUCGAGUGAAUGGACACAGCAUUGCACAGGCUUGGUCAGGGUCGAGGUGUCUUCGCCGGCACAACGGGCCAAGAUCAGCACCGAGAUGGACCCGCGGUUCCCUAGCACCCAGUCGUGGUACGACAAGUUCCAGCAAAUUGGGCUCGAGUACCGUACGACGUUCCAGCCCCUCUCGAAUCUCCAGGUGGACCCCCAUCGGAACCUGGCCACGGCCACGGUAGCGUUGAACACGACCGCGGGCUCAGUGAAAGAGGGCGAGUCGAGCUACACUCUGCACCCGGCCGCUCUGGACGCCGCUUUCCAGUUGGCCAUCAUCGCCUUCCACGGUGGCGAGCUGGAGAAGGCGUCUGCGGUGUUUGUACCGGUUCAUCUGUCGCAGCUGUACUUGAAGGCUGGUCUUCAGUGGGAGGAAUCAGCCAGCGCCAUUGCCCGGGGUUCGAUCCAAGGUCUCCGAAGUGCCCAGGCACAGUUGCAGAUGCUAGACACGCGCGGCGAUGUCUUCCUCGAAGUGGAUUCCAUGCGCUUCACUACCUUCAAAGAGACCAAGACGGAUGAAGCCCAGUCCAAGCUCCCCUUCAGCAGCCCCUUUACCAGGCUGGAAUGGAGGCCCGACAUCCGCACGCUCACCAAUGAGCAAGCACGCAAACUGUUCCCGCCGCCCGCCGAAAACGCACAGAUGGCCGCCGACCUUGAGGUCCUCGAGAUGAUCUGCUCCCUCGUCGCCUUCGACAUCUACGACACCUUCGUAACGGGCAGCGAUGCGGACAAGGCCUCGCCCAAAGGCGACAUCCGACACUGGCUCGCUUGGAUCAAGACCCUCGUCGAGACCGACCAGCGAGAGCAGGUCGUCGAAGCGCGCAAGCUCUCCCCCUCCGAGCGCCGCUCCACACUCGAACAGCUCUACCUCCAAGUCGGCGACCGCCCCGAGGCCCAAGCGGCGCGCCUGCUGCACGAAAACGCCGCCGACAUCCUCCACGAACGGCGCACCGGCAUCGACGUGCUCAUCUCCCACAAGCUCCUGACCCCCCUUUACGAAGUCGGCACAGCCAUCGCCGGCUCCCACCCGCAGGUAGCCAACAUCAUCGCGUCACUCGCGCACGCCAACCCGCACGCGCGGAUCCUCGAAAUCGGCGCGGGCACGGGGUCCGCCACGCGCGGCGCCAUGCGCGUCCUGACGGGCCCCAACGGCAUCAAGCGCUACGCCGACUACACCUUCACCGACAUCUCGGCGGGCUUCCUGACCAGCGCCAAGGAGAUGCUGGCGGCCCACCGCGACGUGAACUACUCGGUGCUGGACAUCGAGCAGGACCCUAUGAAGCAUGGCUACGAGCCCGUGUAUGAUGUGGUGCUGGCGUGCGAGGCGAUCCAUGCGACGGCCAGUAUGGAGCGCACGCUGGCGCAUUGUCGGAGUUUGUUGAAGCCCGGGGGCGUGUUGGUCCUGGCGGAGACGACGCGCAUGCGGGUGUUGCUGGGGCUGUUGUAUGGCACGCUGACGGGGUACUGGAAUCAUGAGGAUCCGAGGACGGAGGGGCCGUUUAUGGGACUGGAUAUUUGGGAGCCGCAGCUGAGGCAGGCGGGGUUUUCGGGGGUCGAUCUGCAUAUUGAUGAUUAUGAGGCUCCUCAUGCGACGACGUCGGUGCUGGUGACGAGGCGUGUGGACAAGCCUGGCGAAGAGGCGGCAGUGAACGGGAAGGAGGAGGAGAAGGAAGAGGGGGUGAUCUACCUUCUCCAUGAUGGUCAAGAUACGCUGGGUGUGUUGGGACAACAGCUUGUGGCAGAGUUUGCAGGGCGUGGUGUUGCCAGCAAAGCCUUGGCCCUGGAUAACGCCGCGGCCGAUGAUGCGGUGCCGCCCAAUGCUCGUGUCGUCGCCCUCUUGAGCGAAAAGAACGAUCUGUUCGAUACUGAGGAUGCCCGCCGUUUCGAGGCCUUCCAGCAUGUUGCCCGGAACGCCAACAGCAUGGUCUGGCUCACGUCCGGCGGCAUCAUCAAAGGGCAGGAUCCCCGCGGUGCGUUCAUGACCGGCCUUCACCGGGUUCUGGCCACGGAGAACCCGGCCGGACGCUUCCUCUCCAUCAACAUCGAGGGGAGCGGAUUUGAGAACACUGAUGACAACCUUGACUCGGCGACUACUCGGACACGACCAAGGUGCCAUCCCACCAAAGGAUUCGACAUGCGUUCCCUAGAAUCUCUGGGCGCCAAAAGACCCGUUCGCGCGGCGUUUGAGACAGCAGGUGUUGUAAAUUCUCUGUACUUCCGCUCCAACACCGAGCUGCUGCGACCCCUUGAGGCCGACCAGAUUGAAGUUCAGGUUGCCGCCGCGGGGCUGAGCUGGAAAGACAUUUCGGUUGCCUCCGGGCGCGAGGGUGCAACCCGGUACCUCUCGGCUGAAUAUGCCGGCAUUGUGACCAAGGUCGGGUCUGGUGUGGCCGGACUAUCUGUUGGUGACCGUGUCUACGGCAUAGGCAAGGGCCACUUUGGGACCUAUGAGAGAGUGCCCGCCGCCCUUGCGCAACGGCUUCAGCCGGCGGACAAUCUGGUCGAAGCUGCAACAAUGCCUAUCGACUUCGCCUCGGCCCUCUAUGCUUUUGACUACGUCACCCGGGUCCGGAAGGUUCACAGCAUCCUCGUCCAAUCCGCCGCCGAGGGGCUGGGGCUCGCAGCGAUACAAGUCGCGCGGUCCAAGGGGGCUAACGUCUUUGCCAUUGCCCGAGAUGCGGACGAAGCGGCUUUCCUAGCCGAUACCGCCGGGGUUCAACGGGAUCACAUCAUCAUAUCGUCCUCUGACAACCUGGAAGCCCUAACCAACGCUGCCAGAGCGACGAGCGGCCGGCUGCUCAACGCGCUCGACUCCAAGGCAUCGGAGAAGCUCGACAUGCUCCGCAACAACACCAACUUCUCGUCCUUUGACAUCGGUGAAAUCCUAGACAACGAUCCUAAACUCGGUGCGGAAUUGAUGAAGAAAGUACACUGGCUGUACCAAGCCGGUCAAAUCUCGCCCGCUACACCGGUGUCCGUGACGUCCGUCGCGGAGCUCGACCAGACCUUGCUCGCCCUAUCCAAGGGUACGCACACCGGCAAGACGGUGGUCUCGUACCAGAACCCUAACGCAGCCGUCAAGCUGCUUCGGGAGCCACAACCGGCGACUUUUGACUCCGAAGCACUGUACAUCGUCACAGGCGGGCUGGGCGGACUCGGUCGCAGCAUCAUUCGUUGGAUGGCUGACCGCGGUGCGCGCCACUUUGUUACCCUCUCCAGGCGGGGUGCCGCAGCCCGCAGUCUGCCAGCAGCAAAGCUCCUGCUCGACGACAUGGAAGCCCAAGGCGUCGGCCUAGAAACCAUCGGGUGCGACGUAAGCCGCAAGGAAGAGGUGAUCCAGGCCAUCUCCCAAAUCACGACCUCCACCCAGCGCCCCAUCAAAGGUGUCGUCCACGCGGUGCUCUCUCUCUCCGACCUGUCCUUCGAUAAACUCACCCUCGACCGCUGGCGCAGCGGCACGGUAGCCAAGACCCUCGGCUCCAUCAACCUCCACGAAGCCACGCUCUCCUCCCCCCUCGACUUCUUCGUCAUGCUCACCAGCACGGAAACCAUCUGGGCACCACCCACCCAAGCCGCCUACAUCGCAGCCGACAACUUCGCGACCUACUUCGCGCGCUUCCGACGCAGCCAAGGCCUGCCCGCCUCCACAGUCUCCUACGGCUUCGUGCACGACCUCGGGUCCGACUACCGGGCGACCUCGCACGGCACCGAAGACAUGUACGCGCGCAACCUGGCCGCUACCAUGACGGAGCACCAGGCGCUGGCCACGCUCGAACCGGCCUUCGUCUCCCAACACGACCAAGACCAAGCCAACAGCUGGGCCGCCACACACCCGCACGACCCGCUCUCGGCGGCGACCUACUUCACGUGCCUCAGCCCGCUGGAGCUGGCGGGCAAGACGGCGAGCCACGUACCGCGGUGGCACCGGGACGGGCGGGUGGGGCUGCUGAUGCGGGCGGUGGCGGACGCGCAGCGGCACGCGGACAGCAGUAGCGCGGCGGGGGGUGGGGAGGGCGGGGGAUCAUGGUGA